UGAUUCUCAAGAUCAAAGUCCUUAUCUCUUCUAUCAUCAAACCAAAUCCAACUGCUCUCAUUUCUCUCUCUCCUCCUUUUCUUCCUUUCUAAACUUCAAUUCAAUUCUACAAGCUGCAACAAUGGAGGCAUUAGCAGGUUCAAGAUUCUAUUUUCCUUGCGUAAAACCCCCAACGAUUAACCAUCAUCAAAUCAGAAGAACACAAAGGUUAAUGAUUACUAGAGCUUCCAUUGCUGUUGAGCAAAAAAACCCAGAAACCAAAGUUGCUCUUGUUAGAAUUGGCACUCGAGGAAGUCCAUUAGCACUUGCUCAAGCUUAUGAAACAAAAUCCAAGCUCAUUGCAGCGCAUGAGGAGCUGGCCGAGGAUGGAGCGAUUGAAAUCGUAAUAAUAAAAACAACUGGUGAUAAAAUACUAAGUCAACCACUGGCAGACAUUGGUGGGAAGGGAUUGUUUACAAAAGAAAUAGAUGAGGCCCUGUUGAAUAAUGAGAUUGAUAUUGCUGUCCACUCCAUGAAGGAUGUUCCCACAUAUUUGCCAGACAAGAUUUUCCUGCCUUGCAACCUUGAGCGUGAGGAUGUUCGUGAUGCCUUCAUUUCCACCACCGCAGCUUCUCUUGCAGACCUUCCUGAUGGUAGUGUUGUUGGUACUGCGUCACUGAGAAGGAAAUCUCAAUUAUUACAUAGAUAUCCAUCCCUCAAAGUACAGGAUAACUUCCGUGGAAAUGUGCAGACACGGCUAAGAAAACUUAAUGAAGGGAUAGUGCAAGCUACAUUAUUGGCACUGGCUGGACUAAAGCGUUUAGACAUGACUGAGAAUGUUUCUUCUGUUCUUUCGAUUGACGAUAUGCUUCCAGCUGUUGCUCAAGGGGCAAUUGGAAUUGCUUGUCUGAAUGAUGAUGACAAGAUGGUAAACUACCUAGCCUCAUUAAAUCACGAGGAAACUCGGUUAGCAAUUUCUUGCGAGAGAGCAUUCCUCGAGACCUUGGACGGGUCUUGUCGUACCCCUAUUGCUGGUUAUGCUUGCAGAGAUGAAAAUGGGGACUGCUUUUUCAGGGGACUUGUAGCUUCAACUGAUGGAAAGAAAGUAAUAGAGACUUCUCGAAGGGGACCAUAUGCUUUCGACGAUAUGGUAUCAAUGGGAAGAGAUGCUGGGAAGGAGCUUCUUUCAAAGGCUGGUCCUGGUUUUUUUGAUCCGAGAUAAUUUUCUGAAGUAAAGCAAUGUACAAGAGUAAACUCGAUUUCUGGUCUCCAAUGAGCCCCCGAUCUUGUUGUAAGAGUAACACGGUGUUUGUAUCGUAGCGUUAGCAUGGUGUUUUGUAUUGUAGCAAUAAUAAGAGCAUGGUGAUUUUCUUUAGGCUUCUUUAGAUUUAGGAUUUGCAUCUUUCUAUAUGAUGAAAUACAAUUUCUAAUCCCAUCUAUCUGUUCUUUUAGUUUGUAUGAUUUUGUCAUUUGUCGAUUUGAUUUGAAUUGAUGAGUUCAAUUUUGGUCUUUAUCA